UGAGCAGCUUCCCAGCUCUGACAUGGCUCAGCCGACCAGCGGCCUCUAUUCUACUUUUGGCUUCUUCAUCUGCCUCCUCUUCCUUCCAGCUUCUUGGGAGGCAGGUGCUAACACAUUUCAAGAACUUCAAAAGACUGGUGAACCUCCAAAAUUCGAUCACUUACUCCCUCUUACUCCGGGUCUUACUCACAGAGCCCCUUCUGACCAAAAUACCUCAGGGCAACAUCCACCAGACCUCCCUGAGGCUACAGAAACCCAGAAGCCCAAAAAACAGUGCAACACCGCUCGCCUUGUCAAACCAGUACACACACCUCUAGACAACGCCAAAGCUGCAGACUAUGGAAACACCACUGUCCGUCGUGAAAUGCCUCCGGCUUCGGAGAAGGAUCUCAGCAGCCAAGGAGAAUACCCAAUGGCCAGGAAUGAACGCUCGGCUGAUGAGCCCAGAUCCGCUAACUCAGAGAAAAAGUCAGAUGGAAAAAGUUUGACCUCACCACCCAGGAGAACCACAAACUGUAUGUCUUCAACAAGGCGAACCAGCAGAACGACGAAAUCAGGUACGACCGUGAGUCCCAUGGAGGCCAGUACCAACUUAAGGACCACCUCACAGAAGCCCACAGCUUUCCAUGUCUCAGAGCUCAUUAGACAAAGUUCUUCCCCAGUGAAUUCCACAGAAGCCCCAAGGACCUCAUACAACACCCUAAAGACCCUAACAACAUCAGGACCUGAACAUCACACAAUACCAUUUGCCUCAGACAAGUCUGUCCAGAUAACUACGGAACACAUCAAAGAGGCCACAUCAGCGAGGGAGACCACAAGAACCCAAUCAACAUUCAUCGAGUAUGAAGGAAAGGCCAGUCCAGCUAGUGAGAGUGCCUCGCAAGCCCAGGUGCUUCCCGUAGAACAUCCUACCACCUCGGUCAGUGAAAAUAUGAUACGGGUCUCAGCAGAGUCCACACCAUCUACCGAGAAAGCCACAAAACCCCCAGAGAGUCCCACAGUAUUCCAGAAGAAAACCACAGUAGCCACUAAGACUGUAAGAGCCACAAGAACGUCAGAGAGAACAUCAGUCAUCUUGGAGACCACACAGCCAGCCAAGGCCGCAGAAGACGAGUCAUCUACUGUCCCCUCUCCUCAUUUCCAUAAAACGGAGACCCUGCACCAAGGGACGGUUGGCUCUUUGACACCCAGCACUUCAGAAGCUCACCACCCCCAGCAGAGCACCCCUAGCUUGCCUGGAGGCCUCCUCGCUGCUGGGGAGAGAGGGGAGAAUGAUUCGUUCCCUGCGUGGGCUAUAGUUAUUGUGGUCCUCAUGGCUGUGAUUAUCCUGCUUGUUUUCAUUGGCCUGGUCCUUUUGGUCUCCUGUGCAUCACGAACACGCCAUGUACUGACCCAGAACUCAGAGGAUGCUGAGCCCGAACCCGAAGACAAAGGGAGCCGCAAUUCCUACCCAGUCUACCUGAUGGAGCAGCAGAAUUUGAAUCUAAACCAGAUCCCUUCCCCACCAUGACCGCGGGACCUGGAUCCCCAGAUCUUCCAGGCUUAGCCCCUUUCCUGGAAGAUGAAUUAGACUCCAAGUUCGUGGACUCAGAAAGGGCAGCAAAAACUGACAGACAAAAGCUGUAGCCCCCAUCGGCCAUGUUCCUAACUGACUGAGGAACAAGGCGGUAAGGGCGACGACAGACGAACAUUUGGAGGAAAGAGAAGACAGAAUAACUCAAGUGCUCGCCAUAGAAAGUGAUGUAAGAAUAGCAUUGACGGACAGCAGGGGCGGGACCAGUACAGGAAAGGGCGUGGCUUAGUGAGGCAUUGGCACCUCAACAUCCCGAGAGUAGUAGGACCCUGGGUGGCAGGGGGAGUGAAGACAGGUGCCCAGGUUUAAUAACCGAUUUAGUAAUUCUGUCCACCCCUACCUAAGACGCACACACUUCUGAAUUCUUGAGAUAUUAGGUAUGCUUAAAUUGUUUUUAGUUUUUAGAAAGGGCUCCCAAAUAAAGGAAGAUUGAACUAUUUAUUUUCUUCUCUACUCUCUCCACUGCCUGGAGAGAGAGAGAGAGAGAGAGAGAGAGAGAGAGAGAGAGAGAGAGAGAGAGAGAUCGCACCCCUACCCUGCAAAAGGUUACAAAUUCCUCCACCCCAGGCAAGGCUCUUGGUUUUUCUGGAUUUCUGCGGUGGGUUUUCUGUCCGUGGGUGUGGGUGGGUACACACAGGGGUUUAUGUUUGCCUGCAGUCUCUUCCACUAAGCCUCAUCUCCAGCCUUCCCCAGUGGUGCAUCUACUCAGCACUUGGCAUUAUUUCUACAUCUUUACCGAAAGCGCGUGCUGGCUUCAACUUGCGGGAGUCACCGUCGUCACCCAGCCCACAUCCCCUCUCCUCACGCUCCACCAUGCUCUGGCUUUCCUUCUCACAGGCGGUUCAUCUCUGUGUGCUUGGAAGACUUUCUUUCCAACUUAACCGGUUCCCUUUAGCAGGUGCUCGAAGCUGGGAACGGGGAGGAAGCGGAUAGAGGACUGGCGCCCUCUGCUGGGCUUCUGUAAUAAAGCAUGAUGUAUUUCU